AUGAAUAAAGGAUGUAGGUUGGAUUCGAAUAGAGAAUUCCGAAAAUUGAAAAAACGACACGGAGAUCAGACGUAUAUCGCCGAAAGCGAUCGAUGUGUUGGACAUUUGGAUGGGAAUAACCAGUGCCACAUUUCUGAUUGGAAUCAUGUUGAAACUCACUCGAUUAGCCCCUCCUUUCGAAAUGCAAUGUCUCGACAUCUAUGGAUGACUUUGGAUUUAUCAAGAGAGGGCAGCCAAAAUUACACUCAAUUGUCUCUUAUUGGUGCAUAUGUUUAUCCAAAAUAUAUAUCAAUCACAAUCAAUUCUCAAUCAAUGGUCAAGCAAUCUGUCUAUUGCCGGUACUUUGAUUGUAAAAGAAAUGAAUUAGUUGGAAGUGAAUGGAAAGGAGUCAUCUUCCCAGAGUCAGUGAUUCAUUGCCCUAGAAGAAAAGGGGCGGAGUUUGUUUCAGUCACGAAAGAAAUGAGAGAUGAGCCGCCAACACCGAUGAAAUUGAAAUACAGAAUAUAUGAAAGACCAGUUCAUAAUCUGUCAAUUUGUGUUGCUGCUUUCUAUGGAAAUGAGCCAAAAUGGAUACAAAUCGCAGAGUUUAUUGAGCAUCACAAAAUGGAAGGAGCCACGUUUUUCUAUUUUCAUAUUGGCAACAUUUCCAGUUACGACCGACGGAUACUGGAUGAAUAUCAAAAUUCUGGUGACAUUGAAGUCAAGGUGUUGCAAGAGAAGUACGAGAGACCAUUCUAUGCAUGGCAGUUGAUUGAGAUUCAAGAUUGCCACAUGAGAAGUAAAUAUCAUUCUAAAUGGACAGCUUUCAUAGAUAUCGACGAGAGAAUUCACACAACUGAAAAGAAUAAAACAUUCAUUGACAUAUUGAAUGAACUCGAUGGAACGAAUGUUUCAGAAAUCAAAAUGCCUCACGUGAAAGUUGUGAAAAACGGAGAGACUCCACCAAAAUACGAGAAUUCUGAGCAGAUAAAAAGGGAAAUUUUUACAAGGAAAUACACAAAAACGGCACCGCCAGCUUGGUUCGCAUCGAAAGCAGUGAUUAGGCCGGAUAGGAUAGGAAUAAUGUCAAUUCAUGAGGUGAUAGCUUUGGAACCAGGAUACAAAAGUAUUGAAAUGGAUUCAGAAAAACUAACUUUCAGACACUACAAAGACACUCUCCAUCGUGUUUCUGGCAAUGAUUGGGCUCAAAAUGAAACAAUAUCCGACAAUCCAAUCUCUUCAGAAUACACAGAUUUAUUGGCGAAAAAAGUGAUUGAAAAAGUGAAAUUUGUGUACGAGAAAGUGCCGGCGAACUGCUCAACAAUACCCGUGUACAUGACUUCUUCAAGGUAUUUUCCAGAUCCUUGCGAUAAAAUGUUGUUGACUUGGUGA